UGAAACAUCAGUUUCGGAUGUGACGAAUCGUCAAACGGAUGCUGCUCGGAAGUGACGACAUUCCUGUUCACGAGACUCAUGAGCCACAAAACAGUUUCUCGCAUCUCUCAGUCACAGAGGAGUGAUGGACCAUCAGGUGGACAGUGGAGACAGAGGAACAAAAAACAAUGGCGGACUAAAAGCAAAGCUCCAGAGAAAGAGGUGGAGAAAGAAGAGCAGAUCCUCAGAGAGCCCGUAAAGGAGACCGGACCCAGAGGGACCUGCCAGACUAUGUGUCCCAUUCAAGAGCUGAGAGACCGUGAAGCUCAGAACCGGCUUCACCGUUUUGAAAUGGUACCAGGCACAGAGAGAGAUCGAAGGCCGUGGGGGGACCCAACGCGUGCUGUCAAAGAAUAUUCCAGACCAGCAGCUGGAAAAGAUGCGAUGAAGUCCUCUGACCUUCGACCUCCUGAGGUGUUGCUGAAGACCGUCUACUAUCUUAUUGACUUUGUUAUUGCCUCUCCUUCUCUGAAUCCAUGGACUGAGGUGUAUAGCUUUGCCUUUGAUCGGCUGCGCUGCGUGAAACAGGAUAUGAUUGUCCAGAGGCUGUCUGGAUUGGAAUGUUUGGCCAUUUUAGAACGGGCAGUGCGCUUCCUCAUCUAUGCCUCUUAUCGUCUCUGUGGUGAACCCUUGCGGCUUUAUGAUCCUCGCAUCAAUGAUACACACCUACAGGAGUACUUGAGCUGGCUGUUUGACUGCUACGCAAAUGGACCAGGACCAUACCCAAACCAGGAGGAGUUUCAGGCUCUAGGUUUGCUCUACAACUUAGGAUCAUCUAGUACCCUGCAGCACAUCAUGGAACUGCCAGUGCGGCUACGCAAAGCACGGUCUGUCACACUCGCUCUUGCUAUAAAUCAAGCUUAUUUGGAAAGAAACCCUGUCCGCCUGCUCCGAUUGGCUCGGAGGCUGAACUUUCUCCAGGCCUGUGCGCUACACCGACACCUGGUGAUGUGUCGUAGAGAUCUACUGCUGAUCUACAGCCACGGAUACAGCAGCCGCAACUGCAGCUUUCCACUCGACAGACUGGCUCAACUGUUGUCCUUAGACACAUCGCACACCGCUCAGCUUUGUCAAGCGUAUGGUGUGGAGGUUGAUCAGAAUAAAGUGGCUUUUUCCAAAGCUGCUUUCACUGAGCCUGAGCAAGGGAGACUACUAUGUAAAAGUUAUCAUAGCUUAGUGUCUGAGAAACAGAAAGACCUCGGUGUGAAGGACAUCAUACACGGCUUCACUUACUGAUUGUUCUAUAAUAGCGAGGAAACAUUUUGUUACUGUUCAAAAAUCUUGAGGCCAAUUUGAAAAAAUUGUAUGCCACAGUUCGGCCUACUUUAAAGUUUUGGAUAACUGCAGUGUGUGUGUGAAACAUUUUGUAUUAGUGGUCUGCAAUACUCAAGUGCAUAAAAACCUUUAAAAUGUGAGUUUUAUACUGUUACAGUUUGUACUUUUUCUCAUUUUUUAGCUAGUGCAGUUUAAAUCAUCAAAAGGAUCGACAUGCUCAUCUCAAAAUGACGAUUUAGUAAUACAGAUGCAGGGAGAUAGGGAUGAAAAGCAUUUGGGCACCAGAUGUUAUUGCCAGAUGUUUCGGUUGAGCAUUUCAGAGAAUGUCCAAGAUUUGUUUUCGAUACAUCAAUGUUUUAACCUCUGUAAACAUUUCAAUAAAUACGUAUUUGUUAUU